GUGAUUGCAUCUCUGCAGCUGGUCUUCACAAGUUCUCCUCAACUCCCAAAACCAAGCCUUCUUUGAGCAGACAUGGAGCGUACCUUCAUCGCCGUGAAGCCCGAUGGCGUCAUGAGAGGCCUGUGUGGCGAGAUCAUCAAGCGCUUCGAGACCAGAGGCUUCAGGCUGGUUUCUGCCAAAUUCAUGCAGGCCUCCGAGGACCACAUGAAGACCCACUACCUGGACCUGAAGGACAUGCCCUUCUACGCUGGUCUCUGCAAAUACAUGUCAUCUGGACCGAUCCUCGCCAUGGUGUGGGAGGGGCAGAACAUUGUGAAGCUGGCCAGGAUGAUGCUGGGUGAGACGAACCCCGCUGACUCCAAACCCGGCAGCAUCCGUGGAGACCUGUGCAUCAACAUCGGCAGGUGA